CUCAGACCUGCUGCAGAUGGCCGACCAAAUGAGGAGCGUUCUCAUCCGACCAAAUGAGGAGCGUUCUCAUCCGACCAAAUGAGGAGCGUUCUCAUCCGACCAAAUGAGGAGCGUUCUCAUCCAGCUGAAGGCAGAACGUCUCAGCUCAUAGAGUCUCUUCCGCCCUACUAUAGCCUCCUGGUCUGACACCAGCUUGUCCAGCCAGAUGGACGCUCCAGACCCCACAUACUGGCACAAGAUCCACAUCCUCGUCCCUCCCUACAUCUUCAUCGUGUCGCUGUUUGGGCUUCUCCUCAACGGCUUCGUCCUGGCUGUGUUCGCAGCCCACAAGGAUCGCCUGACAGUGGCAGAGAUCUACCUGUGCAACCUGGUGCUGGCAGACUUCCUGCUGCUGUGUGGCCUCCCUUUCUGGGCCAUGUACAUCCUGAACUAUUUCAACUGGUCAUACGGAGAAGGUCUGUGUAAACUGGUCAACUCCAUUGUUGUCCUCAAUUUCUACACCAGCAUCUACACCCUGGUCAUGAUCAGCAUUGAUCGCUACCUGGCGCUGAUGAAAACCACGAUGGCGCGGUGGCUGAGACGGACGCGGUUUGCUAAGAUCGCCUGCUUCAUUUUGUGGCUGUUUGGACUGCUACUCAGUCUGCCAAGCAUAGUUCACAGAAAGGUCAAAUUUAUUGAGGAGUACAAUACCACUUCCUGCAUUCUAGAUUACACCCACGGACGUUCUUGGAAGAUUGCCCAUCAGAUUAUGCUGAACAUCUUAGGCUUCGUGCUUCCUCUUGUGCUCAUUCUUUUGAGCAGCUGGAAUAUAAUCAAGGCUUUGGCUCACAAGACGGAAAACCUCGCAUUUCACGACUUCAACGAUACAAAGUCUACGGUGCUGGUGUACACCGUCAUACUGUUAUUUUUACUGUGCUGGGGCCCCUUCCAGAUUUUCACCUUCCUCGACAUGCUGUGUGAUAUGGACACAAAGAUGUGCUCUUCCAGUCUCAGCCUGGGCAAUCAGGUUUCCGUGUACCUGGCCUUUCUCAACAGCCUGCUGAACCCGCUGCUCUACGUCUUCUCUGGUCAGUACUUCAGAAUGAAAGUUGUUACCAUGUUCAAGAUGCUCAGAGACCAGUACAGAAGGUCAUGCACGACCACACAUCAGCAACCGCUGGUGUCCACGUUAGACAACAGAACAGAGCCAGUACAGCAGGUGGUCAUCUCUAAUGCUAACGAUCAAGCAGGACUCGAAUGACUUCCUCCUCUGCUCUUCCUGUGCUUCAUAAGAUGGCACGACACUAAAGACAGUAACUUUAUGUUACCAUACAAUGGUUACUACGUCCCCAACCUGAGUAGGGGGCAAAGGUGAAGGAUGUUAUUCUACUCUUGUCAGCUUACAGACUCAAUGACAUCUUUGUCCUGAACUGAGCUUUUUGUAUGUGCUUUGUUCCUUUCUACACUUUACAUUUAGUUAUUUUUCACAGGUGAACAUCUGAAAUAAAAAUUUAGCAUCCCUUCA